AAACAAGUAACAGAAAUAACUGCAAAACUAAAACCAAGAGAAAGAGUGAGAGAGAUCUACAUAACCGGAACAGAGUCGAAAUCAAAACCAAACCGGGUGUGUGCUUGUCUUUUCUUCUUGUUGUUUACAAUGGCGAAAAAAGCGAUGAAGGAGGAGGAAGAAGAGAAUCGAAACUCGUCGAUGCAGUCAAAGUACAGAGGCGUGAGGAAACGUAAAUGGGGCAAAUGGGUGUCGGAGAUCAGACUUCCACACAGCAGAGAUCGUAUCUGGUUAGGCUCUUACGACACUCCCGAGAAGGCGGCGCGUGCUUUCGACGCUGCUCAGUUUUGUCUCCGCGGCAGCAAUUCCGAUUUUAAUUUUCCCGAUAAUCCACCGGCUAUCUCCGGCGGAAAGUCGUUGACGGCUCCGGAGAUUCGAGAAGCUGCUGCUCGAUUCGCCAACGCUCAGGACAAUACCAUUAGUGUCGGGGAAGAAGAAUCGGGUUUGUCGGAAAUCCGACCGGAGUCUCCUUCGACCUCCGUGUCUGAAGUAGCUACAUCGUCGGAGACAAGUCUGGAUUAUGAUAUGUCGUUCUUUGAUAUGCUUCCUAGUGAUUUCGAGAUAUUUCCAGGGUUUGAUGACUUCUCCGACGGCUUCUCCGGUGAUCGAUUUACAGAGAUUUUACCAAUUGAAGAUUAUGGAGAAGAGAUUUUUGACGGAUCUUUUUUUCUUUGGGACUUUUAAAUAUCCAAAGAAACAAAAAAAAAUUGUAAAGAGCGAGUUGUGGUUCCUUCGGGCUAUGGAGUAAUCUGGAGAUUUUUUGUUAGACAGAGCUCCGACAACCCGGAAACUUGAUUCGUUUCGGAUUCUGUAAUUUCAUGACGUGAAUAUUCUUCAUAUUCCUAUUUUUUCAUUUUUUUGUUAUUGUUAAAAUCUUUGGAUAAAUAACAUAUAAAUCUUUCAUUUUCGUUUGAUCAAAAGAAACAAACAAUGGCUCAAUUUCGUUGUCAGUUUUUGGAAUUUUCUUUACUAUUCUGAAGAAUCAUACAAAUUUGUUUUGGAAGAUAUUUGAGAAUAUAUUAAUAUUCGGCCCAAAAGAGUAUAGUUGGGCCUAGGUCUUUAGUCAUUUUGUGCAGUUCAAUUUUUAAGUGGUUCGCGUGUUUUGC